AUGAAAAAUGCACUUCAUGGUGUUCAAACCAGUGUAACCGUCCAGCCGGCCAAACAACUGCUGCCACCAUCAUCCACGACGACAGUGAUGGCGGUGUGGCUGCUGGUGCUGGUGGUGGUGCUGGUGGUGACGAUGAAAGGGUCGUUGCUGUGUGUGGACGGACAGCACGCGCCACUGUCGAGCUGUGACGAGCAGUGCCGCUCCCGCAACGCCACCUUGGACAUUGUCAGGGAAGCCUUCACGCACGCCUACGAUGGGUACAUGGCACACGCCUUUCCAAAGGACGAGCUGUGCCCGUUAUCAUGCACUGGACAAGACACGUGGGGGCCGUUUGCCCUGACGCUCGUCGACACCCUGGACACGCUGUACCUCAUGGGCAACUACAGCGAAUUCGAGCACGCAUCUCGCCGGGUCCUCAACGUGCUGGACUUUGACAUGGACCGCAAUGUGUCCGUGUUUGAAACGACGAUUCGCAUACUGGGCGGCCUCCUGUCAGCACACCAAUGCGCGUUGGAUCUCUCAACCCGCACAGAUGGUGACGGGCAUAUGACCUGGUAUCAGGAUGAGUUCUUGGAGCUGGCUGCUGACAUGGGGCGCCGCCUCCUUCCCGCUUUCGACACCCCGACAGGCAUACCGUUUGGAACGGUGAAUCUGCGGCAUGGGGUGCCGGUCGGGGAAACGCCCAUCACAAGCCUGGCUGGCGGCGGCACAAAUGUGCUGGAGUUUCUUCAACUUUCCCAGCUGACAGGAAACAGCUCUUAUGAGCGUGUGGCACGGCGUGCUAUGCGGAGCCUGUGGGCGUUGCGGUCAUUUCGCAAUCUGUGGGGAAAUCACAUCAACACGCGCACGGGCGUUUGGACGCAUUUAGACAGCGGCAUUGGCCCAAAUCAGGACAGUUUUUACGAAUACGCCCUCAAGGCUUUCAUCAUGACGGGAGAAGUGGAGUUUCUCACCAUGUUCUCCAACGCAUACACAAGCAUCACAGGCGACAUGAAAAAGGGUGAUUGGUACGUUGACGUGAACAUGCGAACAGGUGCCCCCACCAUCCCUUGGUUCACCUCUCUCAGCGCAUUCUGGCCAGGCGUGCAGAUCCUGUACGGGCACACGGGAGCAGCAGAACGCACGCUGAGGCACUUCCACUCGCUGUGGCGAAAGUUUGGGUUUCUGCCGGAGGUGUACGACUUGAACAAAGACGCCGUGCAUGCGCGGCUGUGUGGAUAUUUUCUCCGACCCGAGCUGGUGGAGAGCACGAUGUACGCAUACAGACUGGCACGCGACCCCGUCUGGCUGCGCUCUGCACAUGAUGUCCUCGCCUCCUUGCAGACAACGGCGCGCACCGAAUGCGGCUAUGCCGUUGUCGCAAACGUCUCAGACCACACGUUUGGUGAUCGCAUGGAAUCGUUCUUCCUCUCUGAAACGCUCAAAUACCUCUUCUUGCUUGCAAGCAACGACGGCCCUCAGCCCUACCUUGACACAGUCGUCUUCAACACGGAGGCGCACCCGUUGCUUAUUCUUCCAUCGAAUCGCCGAAAUCCACUCGCCGGCAUGCGCGCAUCCUGGCUCUACAACCCAUACACACCACGCGUCCCAACCACGUGCCCGCAGCUGUCCUUCAGUCAGCGAUUUGGCGGGUACGGCGCGUCGCUGCCCCCGAGCGAGGAUGGUGGGGAGCGGGAUUUGGCGCGUGGGAUUCGCACGGAGGGAAGGCGGGCGGCGGUGCGGCGGCGGCUGGCGAGGCAGACGGCACGACGGAGGAGGGGUGCGAUGGUGGAAGGGGACGAGGAAAGGGAAGUGGGGGUGCAACAGCAGCAAAAACAACAACAACAACAACAGCAACAACAACAACAACAACAACAACAACAACAACAACAACAACAACAACAACAACAACAAGCACGUGAUGAUGGAGCAGCGGCGUCGACGGGAUCGAAUGAAGUUACGUUGGAGCAGCUCCAUGCCGCACUCACAAACCCAACAAUGCAAGACGCCAUCAAGCGAGCAAGCGCCGAGGGUAAUAAGGACGCGCUGAUGGCGCAGGUGAACAAGAUGAUGGCCGCGCUGGGUUUGAGCGGCAGUGAUGAUGACGGUGCGGUUCAUGGUGUUCACGUUCAAGGUCACCAGGAAGGGCGCACCGCAAAGGCUGAAGAACAAGAACCACCAAACGUCAGCGUAACGGAGCGGGCUGACUGGUUCACAAGGAGAGCGAUACUGUGGGACGAGUGCGUUCAACACAAGCAGGGGUUCUGGACGUAUGAGUUUUGCAUUGGCCGAAGCGCUGUGCAGUUCCACCAGGACGGUAACACACGCACGCAGGAGCACGUGCUUGGCGUCAGGGAUAUUGCGUCAGUCGUUGAAUCGCCAUUGACACUGUCUGGCGUGGAUCGCGCUGCUGGGCGCCCCAUCAAAGGAGACGUGCCACCGGGCGAGACUGCUGUGGAUGAGCUUGCUGCGGGAGACUGGUGUGCUGCCGGCCAUCGCCACCGCACGGCGCGCGUCGUGUACAUGUGCAAAGACGGCCCCAGAAUCCGCGCUGCAGCGGUGACUGUGGACGAACCAGAGCCGUGUCGAUACGUCGUUCAUGUGUACACGCCACUUAUGUGCAUCAGAGCAUGACGGCAACACUCGGGGAGGGCAGUAUAGGCAGGCAAGCUUGAAAGGUCAACCGUCCGCACACGAGCAAACACGUGUCAGUUCAAGACAAUGACAGUAGGUGGCCCACGCCACGCAAUGCUGCAAAGAGUUACAUACGAAGCAAACUGGUACUGCGUGUUUCUGUCAUUGCAGGUGUGUUACAUGUGAACUGACAUUAACAAGGUCGCGAUAACUAGCAAGGCGAGCCCCGACAAAAGUGGCUUGAUUAAUGUAAAUACAACAUGAACCAACAAUCA